AUGGCUCCCGUUGAGACUGAAUAUUACGACUUGCUUUGUGUCCCUGUAGAUGCAGAUGAUACAGCAUUGAAAAAGGCCUAUCGGAAACAGGCUAUGAAGUAUCAUCCAGACAAGAACCCUUCGGCGGAUGCAGAAGAAAAAUUCAAGGAUAUCAGUAAAGCGUACCAGGUUUUAUCUGACCCCAAUCUACGUGCAGUUUAUGAUAAGAAUGGAAAGACGAUGGUGGACAAGGAAGGCGGCGUCAGUAUGGACGACGCAGCCGGUUUUUUCGCCAACGUUUUUGGUGGAGAACGAUUCAGAGAUUACAUUGGCGAAAUCUCAAUUAUGAAGGACAUGACGUCCGUAGCUACGACCAUGAUGACCGAGGAGGAGAAAACCGAGAUCGAGCGGCAAAUGAAUGGAGGCAUCGAAACGGGGGACAGCAGUCCAAAGCCAGUAAAACACACGGCUAAGCCGGGUGAGGCUGCGACGAAUACGGGAUCACCCACGACGUCCGCGAAUGCGCACCCCACUCCGUCUCCCGUCAAGACCUCCUCGCCUACCACUUUACCUUCAGGAUCCCGUCCAACCAGCAGCAGCGGCGCCGAGCUCGUCACGCAUGGUUCACCUAUUGAAUCAACCUCAGCCACGACUGUCAAUUCUGGUUCUACGUCUGCUGCUGCUGCAGCGGCGGCGGAGAGGGAGCGUGAGAAGCGCGAGGCGGUAAGGAAACGCAACGAACAGCGGGAAAAGCUUCGUGAGCAUGAGAAAGAGCGGAGAAAGGUUAUGGAAGCCCGCGUGGCGAUGUUGACGGAGAAGAUGAUUGAGCGGUUGAGGCCGUUCGUCGAGGCGAAGGACCCUGGAGGCAAAGAUGACCCUGAGACUAAGAUUUUUGAAGACAAGAUGAAGCGAGAGGUGGAGGAUUUGAAGUUGGAGAGCUUUGGUGUUGAGCUUUUGCAUGCGAUAGGUCAUGUAUAUCUAAUGAAGGCUUCGUCGUUCAUGAAAUCGCGCAAGUUUUUGGGCAUCCCCGGGUUCUUCUCCAGACUGAAGGAGAAAGGUGCCCUUGCAAAGGAUGUUUGGGGUGUCAUUGGUAGCGCACUAAGCGUGCGGGAUCUUAUGCUUGAAAUGGAAAAGGCUCAAGCAAAGGGAGAAAUAGAUGCAGAGGAGCUCAGGGCUUUGGAGAUGGAUGUUACAGGAAAGAUCAUGCUUGCCUCUUGGCGCGGCGCACGUCUGGAGGUUAUACAAGUCCUUCGAGAGGUCGUUAACAACGUCCUGAAGGAGCCUGGUCAACCUGAUACAGUUUUAUACAAUCGUGCAAAAGGUCUUCUGAUUAGUGGAGCUAUCUUCAAAUCUGCCGUACCGGAUGAAUCGGACGAGGAGCGUCGAGAGCUGGAAAGAAUGGUGGCGGACGCUGCGAAACCAAGGGCGAAGCAGAGUACUCUUCAUCAAGCCAAAGCGAGGAGAGAGGAGAUGAUCAAGCGUGCAGAGGCUGAGGCGGUAAAGCACGCGGAGGCGGAGAAAGCGAAGCAGAAGCAAGCGCAAGAUGGUUCUUCAUGA